CCCCCCCCUCUCUCUGUCUCCCCCUUCCCUCUCCCUCUCAACUUCAUUUUCCUUUCAAAUAGUAACAUUAGAGAACAAAAGCUCCAGCUGAAACUGAUAAUGUAUAUACAUGCCAUCAUUCAGAACAAGCCUAAAACCUGCAAUGAGAUGGCUUUCUUCCCAGCAAAUUUCAUGCUCCAAACCCCUCACCAUGAUGAUCAUCAACCUCCACCUUCCCUCACCUCAAUGCUACCCACAUGUACACCUCAAGAAUAUCAUGGAGGAGUGACCUUUCUAGGAAAGAGAUCCAUGUCAUUUUCAUCAGGAAUUGAGCAUGGAGAAGAAGCCAAUGCUGAGGAAGACUUGUCUGAUGAUGGAUCACAGGCAGGGGAGAAGAAGAGAAGGCUUAACUUGGAACAAGUGAAGACACUUGAGAAGAGCUUUGAGUUGGGGAAUAAGCUUGAACCAGAGAGGAAAAUGCAGCUUGCAAGAGCUCUUGGCUUGCAGCCAAGGCAAAUUGCUAUAUGGUUCCAGAACAGAAGGGCUAGGUGGAAGACAAAGCAGUUGGAGAAAGACUAUGAUCUCCUUAAAAGACAGUAUGAAGCUGUCAAGUCAGAUAACGAUGCACUCAAAUCUCAGAAUCAAAAACUUCAGGCUGAGAUAUUGGCACUGAAAAGUAGAGAGCCAACUGAAUCUAUCAACCUUAACAAAGAAACAGAAGGAUCCUGCAGCAAUAGAAGUGAGAACAGCUCAGACAUCAAGUUGGAUAUCUCAAGGACACCAGCUAUUGACAGUCCUCUAUCCACACAUCAGCCAAGCAGACCUCUCUUUCCAUCUUCUGCUAGGCCUGCAGGAGUUGCUCAGCUUUUCCAAACUUCUUCAAGACCAGACAUUCAAUGCCAAAAGAUUGACCAAAUGGUCAAAGAAGAAAGCUUGAGCAACAUGUUCUGUGGCAUGGAUGAUCAAUCCGGCUUUUGGCCAUGGUUGGAGCAGCAGCAUUUCAAUUGAAACUUAAAAUUUGAAUGUAGUUUUUCCCUAUGAAAUCAAGAGGGUGUCCAUCAAUUAAUUACCAUACUUUAUGAUGAGUCCUUAAAUUAAAAACCCAUGUUUUGGAAACUUGGUGUAUAAAAUAGGAUAUAUCAAGUAGAAAUUUUCUGGCGGGGCUUGAAAAUUUUUAUAUGAAUGAAUAAAGUGCUAGUCACCUUUUUUUCCCCCUAAGUUGGUUAAUGUAAGAAUUUUUCUUGAAACUUUGAGUAAUAUUAUUUGGUUGAGUUGGUUAA